GACAUUGUUAUCCACGGAGUUGUAUGAUCUUAACAAACUUGCUCAUCUGUCAACGAGUAGUUCUCCUGUUGAUUUUGGCAAGGUGAUAAAGGAGACAGGGAAGAAAAUGCUUCCAAUUUCUGAUUUAUCACAUUCCUAUCCUUCGUCUAGCGCGCUCACGCGAGACGCGUUAAGUUAUUACUUUUCUUUUGUUAUAGAUAUAUUCAUAUCUUCUUUCGAUUCCUUCUGUCUUUUGUAAUCGUUGUUGUUUCCACUGCAUGUUACUUUUAUUGUAUAUCAAAUCUUUACAGUUGUAGACAUGACGUCCAGUCGAUCAAAGGCCGCUGCACCUGAGCCCUCAAAGAGACGAAAGGUUCGGCUCAAUACGCCCAGUACCAAAAGUAUUACAGAGUUAUUGCGGAACUUCAAGCCUUCACAAUUACGGAAAGUCAUUGACAAGGCAUUGAAUAAUGGCAAUGUUACCAAAUGCAUACGAGAUAUCCAUGCUCAAUCAUCACGAAAACUGCCGACUGAAAACCAUUCCGAGCCGCUGGUUGCGGGCCAAGUACGAAUUUAUGAUGAUUUAGUUGAGAGUAUUGAGAAAUCCCCAAUGAAAUUGAGGCAGUGUGCUCCCGUCUCAGCAUCAAAGGACCUAUCUGCGACUGUCAUUAAUGGCAAACUACCCACGCCGAGAAGUUCCCGGGAACCUAAAGAGAUACCGAUGACACCCGAGCCUUGGAUGACACCCGAGCCACAUCACAAUGCUCAACCAUCUCCUCUUCUAGAAGCCAAACAAUAUAUCCCUCCACCAAUUCAAUUCACAACAUGUAACUGUCGAUCUGGAUGCCUUUCCACCCGCUGCAAAUGUUUCAAAUCCGGACGUGGCUGCUCACCCUCUCCGUCCUCUGGCUGCAAAUGUGAUUCUUGCGCCAAUAUGCUCAACGACCUAACUGUCUUUUUCGGAUCCUCAAAAUUCUCUGAUUCUUCUAUCACAGCCAGUCCCGACUUUCUAAAGUGGAUUAGAAAAGAGUCGAGAAAUGGAAGAUUCGAUUUAAUUCAUCCGGAUACAAUCGAAGACUUAAGGAGCAUGUUGAUGGGUGUAGAAUAUGGCGAUAUGACAUCUCCACCCCAAUUUCCCGCUUUUUCGGGAAAACUCAGAGGCAUCAGAAGAGCAUGGAUGAGGCCUGAUAUUACGGAUGAAGAGAAAGAAGAUGUGAAGAGAGAGUUGUUUAAGGAAGCUUUUGGGGUCGCAGGACCAAAAGAUACGAAGAAUGAUUAUUGGUGUUUUUGUAAGAAUGAAUGGAAACAGACUCUUUUGUGGGAGUAUUGUUUGAAAUGUGAUGAGUGUAGAGAUACGAGGGAGUGGCAUUGUAGCAAAUGUGAAAAUAGAAAUAUUGGGAAGGAAUGUGAGUGUCAGAAGGGUGCUAACCAAAUCGGACUACAUCAGGAAGCUACUUGCGCCGUCAUUAUUCCUCGAUAAUACAUGGAAAUGGGUUGGAGAGGGGACAUGGCUUCAGGAAACUAGAUGACUAGAAACAGAAUGGGGUUAAUUGCUACAGCUGGGAUCUGCAAGUAAACGGCUUUGAGGAUGUGGAGAUUUUGCUUGUCAUUCUGUUAUUUAGAGCCAGAGUUGGCAGCAAAUAGACUGUCGGUGGGUCUUUUGAAGAUAUAGAAGUUCAGGUUGUUGGUAGUGAUGGAGAGCCAGAAGAGGUGGUUAUAUUAGCAAUGUAUUAUUAUACAGACGUUGGAUGAACACAAUCAUCGUUUGUAUCCGUCACAUGCCGUGAGAUGUGUAUAUCCCAAUCCUUUCUCUUCAUAUAAAAGAAGUAUAGAUUCUUAAAGCUAUACCCAUGCCAAACACACUCCAUCCAUUUUCACAACGCCUGAAAUUCCGUAGACAAAAUCA